UUGAAAGUAAGGCGGUUGAAUUUAUUGCGAUUUACAGAGGCAAAAUUUGACGGCGAAAAACACUACUUUUCAUUUCAAAGAUUUAAAGACGCUAUUUUCGCAAAACAACAACUUAAGAUGGAUCCCGCAUUGUCGAAACUGCUCGUUGGGCUUGCCGUCAAUAUAAGUCGUAGUGAUGGGAGAAUACACAGUGCCACCGUGAAAACUAGCAAUGUCACUAAAUCCUCAGUGAGUGUGGAAUGGGCUGAGAAUGGAUUGACCAAAGGAAAAGAGGUUGACCUGGAUGAACUUAAACAACUCAAUUCUGACCUUAUGCAACACCUCCAGCCAUGCCGUCAAGAAGUGCCUGUCCCUGUACCUGUCCCUGUCCCUGUGCCUGUACCUGUGACAAAAAAUACCAGAGCAUCUGAAAUUCCUCUGAGGUCAUCGAGAUUACCUGCACCAUCAGAAGCUACUUCUCAGGACUGUGCAUCUGAACAGCCAGCUUCCAGAAGGAUGACCACACGUCAGACGUGCUUUUUCCGUCAUCCUGCCCCUCCCUCUGCGGACUCGGUCACAACUGCAGAGGACAGUCUGUCUCAAGAUCUUCCCUCAUCUACAAUCCCUAAACCUUCAGGCUCCCAGAGGCGACUUGUUUCAAAGCCAGCAUCUCCUCUAUUACCAACUGCUGAGGCUAUAUGUGAGAGUGAGGCUUCCAAAUGUGCUCCCACGGGUCCACCAAGCCAUCGCGUGUCUCAGGUCUCUGAGAUGAACAGUGGCAAGGUGGCAAACAAACGGUUGUCGGUAGCAAAAAUCCCUGAAACACAGAAAAAAGGAAAGUUUGGAAAUGCGUGUCGCCCUAACAAACAGUUUCACCAGAUGAUUGAGGAAUACAGAGAGACCCUGGAGAAAGUGCCCAUGUCUUUGUCUGAUCCGGUGAAACCUCAAAAAAUAUGUGUCUGUGUUCGCAAACGGCCACUGAAUAAAAAAGAGCUGGCCAAGAAAGAGAUUGAUGUGGUGACCAUCCCUGGUAAUGGAGCCCUGCUGUUACAUGAACCUAAGCAGAAAGUGGACCUGACCAAAUACCUGGAGAAUCAGCCGUUUCAUUUUGAUUACUCAUUCGACGACGAUGUCUCCAAUGACCUGGUUUACAGGUUCACUGCUAAACCUCUGGUUAAGACCAUAUUUGAAGGGGGUAUGGCGACUUGCUUUGCAUACGGUCAGACAGGUAGCGGAAAAACCCAUACAAUGGGUGGAGACUUCUCUGGCAAAACUCAAAAUAGCUCUAAAGGGAUCUACGCCCUGGCAGCCCAGGAUGUAUUUACCCUCCUGAGGCAAAAGCGGUAUGCCGAUAUGGACCUUUGCCCAUACGUGACGUUUUUUGAGAUCUACAAUGGCAAGGUGUUCGAUUUGCUGAAUAAGAAAGCAAUGCUACGUGUUUUGGAGGAUGACAAGCAGCAGGUCAAUGUCGUCGGCCUGCAAGAAGUGCCGGUGUCAUCUGUUGAUAAUGUCAUUAAGAUGGUCGAGCGGGGAAGUGCAUGCAGAACGUCUGGCCAGACGUUUGCCAACUCUAGCUCGUCACGGUCACAUGCGGUGUUGCAAGUAAUCCUGAGGCGGCGGAAUUUCCUUCACGGGAAGUUUUCUCUGGUGGAUCUUGCAGGGAAUGAGCGUGGCACUGAUGUCAGCAGUAACGAUCGGCACACUAUAGUGGAGACUGCGGAGAUCAACCGCAGCCUGCUGGCUUUGAAGGAAUGCAUCCGGUCUCUGGGUCACAACAACGAGCACAUCCCAUUCAGGAUGAGUAAACUCACACAGGUGCUUAGAGAUUCCUUCAUUGGGGAAAACUCCAGGACCUGUAUGAUUGCAAUGAUCUCACCGGGCAUGAGCUCCUGUGAAUACACUUUGAACACACUACGCUAUGCAAACAGGGUGAAAGAAUUGAAUGGAGUGUCUAAGGGAGCUUCCGCGGCGAAUGGUACAAACCUUGAACUUUCAUUAGAGGAGGGAAACUAUUCAGAGGAGGAGUCUGUUCUUCCAACAUUCGAGGCCGUGUCUGAGAUGGAGGAAAAGUUUUAUGAAGAACUCAAGGGUUGCAAUGAGAUUGUCCAGUCCAUGCAAUAUCCUUCAUUUGAUAUUGUAAAAAGUCUUCCAGAAAUUGAUGCGUUCAUGGGGAAACUGCAAGAAUCUUACCAGGCUUUGAGAUCAGCCAUUGAAGCAGAACAGAUGGUCAGGAUGUCACCCAAACUGGUCUGAGAUUCAGCUGAGAAAAAACUCUCAAACUAAAAAAAAUCAUUUUUAUGUGUGUGUGUUUGUUUGUUUGUUUGUUUGUAAGUUCUGUAGUGUUAUGUUUCUUUGUUUACUAAAUAAAGGUUCUCAUGUAAAUCACA